CCCGCACAUUCAUGCGAUAGGCAACAUUGAGGUUGGGACUGUUGAAUUGGGCCUCCUUAUCAUGAAUAACCUCCUCGAUGAGGGCCUCAGCUGUCAGCUGUGUCUGGAAGACCCUCAACAUUGUAGCCAUCCUUCUUCAGAUCUUGGAGGACGGAAUAGAUGGAGUUGAAAACAUUCAGGUAUGCCGCUGUGCCAACAUUGCCUUUGUCUGGUGGGAAGCUGAAAACAGUGAUGGCCAGUUUCUUCUCCUCCGCAGAGAAAGAAAGAAGGAUUGCGGCAUCAAAUGUACAAGAGCUCUCUUCAUGGGAUGAAUGGCGCAUGUGCAAUACCAGUUUUCAGCACGAAACUGCACCUCAAGAUCCCUCGAGUAAUCGAGUCACCCCAUUUCUUCCUUCAGCGACAGCAAUCAGCACCGCCCCAAAGCCAUGCAUGCCGUGUCGCCGUUACAGGCUUACAGCCAGUUACCCGUAUGCAUUCCAUCACGUGCUGGAGCUGCUGUUGAUAGCUCCCCAGAUGGCCAGAGCCCAGAUGUUUACUUGUUCUACCACUUCAACUCAUGCCUGAUGCCACCGUGUGUGCUGGAUACUGAACGACCUACUGCCCGUUUCUGAUGAUCAUCGCCAGUUCACCACCGGUGAAAAGGGCCCAAACGGCCCCUCACCGUCACCGAGGGUCCGAGACACCGAGGUCCCAAUCGUUUGGCUUAUUUCCUAAUAAGCCAAAACGACUUAUUAGGAAAUAUAAAUGAAUUUGUAGGUGAAACUUUUAUAAAUAUGUUUUUUUUUGACUUAAAAGCCAAUGUUAAAAAAGAAAUUGCGUUAAAAUAUCUCAAAAUCAAGGUCAACAUUAAGCUUGAAAAUUUAAAAUUUGAUUUUUUUCUUUUACUGAUUAGGCCAUCUGAUACGAGCCAGAGACCGGUUGCCCCCUACAAUACUCACUGUAUACGUCCAUGUCAGCGGGAUCGUGACUCGCGCGUCCUCGCGUGCGCAGGCCCGCGGGCCUGCAUGCCGUAUUGGGGAUUUGCCGACCCGUUCCAGGUCUUUCCUGCACUCCCUUUCGAUCGCACGCGAGAAACCAACCAUCCGCACCCGCACGCAUGGCCGGAUGAUCGAGAGGGCGAUGAAAAGCACCGGGUGGGGGAGACACCGACGCGUCACACCACCACGUCCGUUUCCGUACUCCACUCGUGGCAGGCAAACCAGCAGCAUUCGAGCUGAUGGCUGCUCUCGCGGUGGUGCACGGUUGGCUCGCUCCAGCGUUGUCCCGGCGCGCGGAGACGGGCGGUGGCCGCGCCGCGCUUCCGUGUCGUAGGCCCCGGCUCGUGGCAGUCGCGUGCGCUGCCUCGUCGGUUAAUACGGCCACUACUACGGGCGAAUCGCCGCUGGGCUCCGAUGGCUCGGCAGCCGCCGCCAUGUCGCUGGAGCGCGCGUUCGCCGGAGGGGACGGCGGUGGCGGCGGAGGCAUUGGCCCCGCGGUCGAGUCCACCGUUGAGAAGCUGAUAUUCGAUUUCCGUUUCCUGGCUCUCCUCGCCGUCGCCGGCUCCCUCCUCUGCUUCCUCAGUGGUUGUGUGUACAUUAAAGAAGCAUACCAUGUCUACUGGACAAGCUGUGUUAGAGGUGUCCAUACAGGGCAGAUGGUCCUCAGGCUCGUCGAGGCUAUCGAUGUGUAUCUUGCUGGAACAGUCAUGCUGAUUUUUGGGAUGGGUCUGUAUGGGCUGUUCAUCAGCAACGAUUUUCCUGAUGUACCUGCAUCUGAUCGUGCUCUCAAGGGAUCAUCCUUGUUUGGCAUGUUUGCUUUGAAGGAGAGACCGAGGUGGAUGAGAAUCAGCUCUCUCGAUGAGCUCAAAACGAAGCUGGGCCACAUCAUCGUGAUGAUUCUCCUGGUGAAGAUGUUCGAGAGGAGCAAGAUGGUGCACAUCACCACGGGAAUGGACCUGCUCAGCUACGCGGUCUGCAUCUUCUUGUCGUCGGCUUCCCUGUACAUCCUGCACAACCUUCAUCGCCCAGAACACGAGUAGUACAUGAUUGCAGCGCCGGACAUGUUGCCUUCUACUCAGUAGUAUUUUUUAUAGCACAUGCCAUAUAGGAAGAACUCAUUGCCUCAGUGCUUGUAUUUUGUAGCACUAGAACUGUUGCUAGGCAAGCCCUGAUGCUGGGCUUAAACGGAUUGCAAGGACAAAUCAGUGUAAAGAACUCCUAAACAGCCUUAUCUUUUCGUUUAUGCUUAUGCUUACGCUUAUCAGCCAAAAUUUAAAUUUUCAGACUUAAA